CAGUUAGUCGCCACCUCACAUCUCCACCUUCUGUCUACAAUCCACCGCCGGCAAUCGCAAAUUCUCUACUUUCCGGCGACCAAAAUCAACAAAUUCCGAUCUCUUUCUUCAAUGGAAACUCCAUCAUCCACUAGAAGAGUCACGCGAUCACAAACCCUGGCUUCAUCGAGGAAACUUGAGGAAUCGUCGAUGCAGAAAAAGCAGCAGCAGCAAGAUCGGUCUGCUUUAAUUGAUAUAACCAACGAUUCCCCCAUUGUCGGGCUUGCAAUGGGAAGUCUGAAAACCCCCUCUUCCGCAUUCUCGAAGAAGAGAGUUAGCAAUCAAGGGCAGUUCAUCCGAACCCCGGGUUCGGGUGAAGCCCUCUUGAGAGGCCAGGUGAAGACUCUUCUUCAGAAGGUUGAGGAAGAGGCGGAGCUCUCCAAGAUCACCCUCGAUAAACGCCCUUUCUUCAAUCUUCAGGGGCUGAUCAGCUCCCCCCUCGAUCUUGUUGCACCGACCCCUGCAAACACACCUCAAAUUCUCAAUAAUCAAAUUGGGGAUUGUGGUAAUGAUGGUUUCCCUUCUGUCACUACUGUUGCUGAGACAUUUUUCAUCCCACAGAUGAUGAAUGGUGUGGUUGAGGAGGGGAAGCAAGACAGCGUUGAGACGGAGGAGAGCGUGAUCACGAGGUCUUUGUUUCUUGAUUUCUCAGAGAAAUCUGAUUCAUCUGAUUGCUCAUCCGUGGUGACUUACCAAGGAGUGUGCUUUGGGGGGAGAGAGAAAAAGGUCUCUACCGAUAACGACGACGAUGAUGAUGAUGCCUCGAUAUGGUCUAUUCAGGUUAAUGCAAGCAGCACUAGAGAUGAAGAUGACGAUGAAGUAGAAGAAGACGAAGAAGUCGUGCAAGGCUGCAUCGAAGAGGAAAAGGAAGAGGAGUACUACUUAGUGGUGCAUGACGAUUGGAUGAUUGAUGAUGUUUGUGAAGGAUUGAGCAAGAUUAGCGUUGGGCCGAAGUUCGAAGGGAAGCACAUCCGGUUCAUCUACAACAGUGAUGGAGAGAUUGAAGGAGAGGAAGAGGAAGUGUGUGAAACUCCAAAGGAAUAAAUGGAUUUGGGGGCGUGUUUUCUUGGUUUCUCUGUUAUGGAUGUCUCUCUUUUGACACCAUCUUUGGUUUUUGGGGGAUGAUUUGGUUCUGUCAUUCAUUAUUCACGUAACUUUGUGAUGAGAUUUCUACUGAUUUGUGUUAAUUGAUGAUGGUUUUGUUGUUAUUUGAA